AUGAAGAAGGCGAUCACUUGCUGCGCUGUCGAUGCCCGCUUCGGCCUCCAUCGCGCAUCUCAUCUCAUCUCGUCGUCGUCCUUGUCGUCCUUGUCCUCGUCGUCCCGAGUAGAUGAAACUUGCUGGGAAGGUCGUUCUUCCUGCCACUUUCGGACUCGGUUAACUCGUCGGAAGAAGAAGAAGCAGCAGAAGAUGCGAUGGUACGAUGCAAAAAGCGAUAUCAAAUACGGACUUGCUCGUGUCUGGCAGCAGGCAGACAGGCCAACGUCGCGGAUGAGAUGCCCCCUCGCAAACGCACAGCAGCACCUGCAGGCCGUGGGACAGACUGGGAUCCUGACACCUCAAGCCCAAACCAACCCUGCCCACCCCCGGUCUUCGGGGACCCCUUUUUCCAACCCCCCCAGUCAAACGUCGCCGACCACCACUGGUUCGCCUCGUAUAGCUAUAGCCGGUCCCAGGCUCCGACGGUGGCACCACCACGUUGAUCCAGCAAAGCGGAAUAUAAAGCAGUCUGAUGGGAUUUUAGAAACAAGAGCCUGCUCGGCUUAG